AUGGAGAAGAAUGUCAAGAUCUCACUUAGAAAGACUUGGGAGGUUGAACUGGCCAGGCUCGGUCACCGUGGGGUGGUGAGAGAGAGGUAGCAAUCAAGGAUGGCUUUCAAGAUCUCUGGCACAAGCUGCUGGGUAGAAGUUGGUACCUGUCAGUGAGUCAGGCAGCACAGGAGGAGGGGCAGGUGUGCUGAGAGUGGGGAUGGGUGGGUUCACUUUGGGACAUGCUGAGUAGUCCUUGUUCUGGGACCUAAAGACAUAUGAGUUGAAUGACUUUGCAGAGCUUCCCUAACCUCUGUGUGCCUACCACACCUCAUUUGUAAUAGGAGAAUAAGAAUAAUUAGAAAAUAUAACUAAUUUGUUUCAUUUGUUGAGUCUAGGAGAAGGUUCUCCUUGUAUACUGCAGAAUGGUAUUUUCUUGUGAGCUCCUCCCAAGAAAAAUGGGACUGUCUCAAUUUGCCCAUAUAGGGGCUUGAUUUUACCUAUCUGCUUUGGGUAUCAUCACCAUUCGGCAUGUAUUGCCAAUACUAAAGAAGUAAUACAUGUGAUAAUAAACACCUGUUACUUUGAAUACAUAAAUUCAAAGUAACAGGUGUUUAUUAUCACAUGUGUGCUGUAAUAGCCCAUCAGCCUGUCCUUCAGACAAACACACUCUCCCUUCAAAUCCUCUAAUCUUCCUCUUGAAGCCCACCUCUCCCUCCAGGGGUUAGGUAGGACCUUUGGGACCAAGGAUGUCUAACACUCUCUUCUUUGAGAAGUCAUCUCCCACUGUCCAGGAGGAUGGGUGGGAGGAGGUGAGUGCAACGGGCCUGUGGGGUUGUCAGCUAGCACAGAAAAUCUGUAGACUCGGGGAGGAUCGAGCCACAUGUGUGCAUUUGGAAAUGACAGUGUAUGGCUGCACAGCACGAAGGGGAUGAAGCCACAGACACCUGGAUUUAAAUUGUAACUCCAUAAUUUAUUUCUUCUGUGACUUUGGGAAAGUUACUUAAGCUCUCUGUGGCUCAGUUACUUCAAUUGUAAAAUGAAAUUAAGAUAAUAUUCUAGGAUAAUGAUUGAUUUUCCUUCAUUUAGACCACAAAAUACUACUUUUUGAAAACUAUAAACUGCUGUUCAUGAGGCAGAUUCUCCCAGGGUUAAAAAGGAAUGUACUAUCCGUGUAUCUGCUAGGACAGACCUUGUUGCAUGUCACUUGAUUCCUGAAAUACGCCAUGGUAAAGAAAUCGCUGUGCCAUCCUAUUACGGAUGUGGCGCGGUAGGCACAGAGAGAGGUUAGGCACUUUCGUGUUCUGGGAAAUCGUUGACCUUUGUAGGACCAUAUUCUCCAUAGGAGUUAGAGAAAGGUUGCUCGCUCUUCACUCUGUGCCAUGACUCCCAAAUGGCAGACCUUGUUAUUUUGUCUCAGGAAUGAUUCUCUUAGACGGGAAGUGUGUCCUACAGAAAGUAGCUAGGCAGAGAAAGAAACAUUGCCUGUUCAGCUAGCUGAGACUUUCGCUAAUUACAAAAAACUCCUGCCCCAUAAAUCUCCCCACUAAAACCUGUCUACUCCUUCUUAUGAAAGUAAAAGACACACUCCCUUACCCCCUCCCCCCCUCCCCCAUUUACCCCGACAGUGUCAUUUCCACUUCUGGGGCGCUCACCCUACGGCAGUAACCUGAGUAAUUUCAAUAUCUUGGAUUGGUUAGUUUCUGUCUUUACCAAGGCGUAUGUAUAGCCCAUGCAAAAACAGUAACUAAUGAAAAUGAAACAGCAGGUGUCAGUUCUUAGGGGCGCGCCCUAGCUCAAAACUCCCAGCCAAUCACAGAAGUCGGACUCUUCCCAUCCCUCCAGCUUAGUUCCCACGUCCCUCGCCUGUGAACUUCCGCUGCGUGGAUUCUCUUCCCAUGACCCCCGGAAGCACUCGUGCCGCCCACGAGCCACGUUUCAAAAAGGGCCGCUCCGGGAACGCCGCGGCGCUCCUCCGGAAGGGGUGAUCUCCACGCCUUCUCCCUUCGUAGGCGAGCUGGGCGGCAUGAGUCUAGAGAAGCCACUGAGCCGCUCUCGCACACACACUCACUUCUUCUCUCGGGUCCCCGGCCGCCCGCAGUAGCUAAUCAAAGGUCCAGGUUCUUAGCAGCUCCGUAUCCCUGUGACGUCCGCUCGUCCUCGCUGACGUCCCCUUCCGCUUUGUGGCGCCUCUAGCCCGCCGGAGGGCGACUCCUCUCGGUGGUCUUAACCCUUCAAUUCUGGCGAGCCGCGUUUCUAAGGCCCCAGGAAAGGAGGCCCCGCGCUGGCUCCUGGACGGCGGGAACCGGCUCCGGAACGAGAACGCGCGUGAAGGUGUAGCAGUCACUCAACCUACACCCACAGCAUCGACUUUGUGAACCCAGCGACCUGACUGCCUUGGGCGAGUCUAGUCUGGGUUCUGCCUGCACACAUUCCUCGCUACCUUCUUGGUGUCUGAGAACCUCCAGCUUCACCACCCUUUCUAGACCCAAAGGCCUGGUGGAGCUUCCAGCUGGGACCAGACCUCCAUGGAUCCACUCCAGAAACAGAAUCCAGCAUCGCCUUCUAAAUCUUUCCCGAUGACAGCUGCAGAGACUUCCCGGGAAGGCCCAGCACCCUCGCAGCCUUCGUACUCGGAGCAGCUGAUGAUGGGCCUCAGUAACCUGAGCCCCGGUCCUGGCCUCAGUAACCUGAGCCUGGGCCCUGGCCCCAGCAACCUGAGCCCCGGCCCUGGCCCCAGCCACUCCGCGCCUCUCCCCGAGGGGCUGCUCCACCAGCGGUACAGAGAGGAGAAGACACUCGAAGAGCAGCGGUGGGAGAGGCUGGAGUUCCUUCAGCGGAAGAAAGCAUUCCUGAGGCACGUGAGGAGGAGACACCGCGAUCACAUGGCCCCCUAUGCUGUUGGGAGGGAAGCCAGAAUCUCCCCGUUAGGUGACAGAGGUCAGAAUCGAUUCCGAUGUGAAUGUCGAUACUGCCAGAGCCACAGGCCGAAUCUUUCUGGGAUCCCUGGGGAGAGGAACAGGGCCCCACUUCCCUCCUCCUGGGAGACGCUGGUGCAGGGCCUCAGUGGCUUGACCCUCAACCUAGGUACCAACCAGCCCGGGCCUCUGCCUGAAGCGGCACUCCAACCGCAGGAGGCAGAGGAGAAGCGCCAGCGAGAGAGGCAGCAGGAGAGCAAAAUAAUGUUUCAGAGGCUGCUCAAGCAGUGGUUAGAGGAGAACUGAGACGCGCACCCACCUGGGAUGGAGACCCGAAGGGACUCAGACGGAGCCCGCGUGUUGGCAGCGCCUGGGCGUGGGACCAUUUUGGGGACGAAACAGCAAGCUGCGGUCGGAUGAGUGCCAGGACCCGUUUACGGGGACACGUGGGAAUCCUCCCAGCAUGACGCUUGACCGACCCCAGGAAGGUCCUCAUCUUUGGUGCCUGCCAUUCUCGGAUGGCCGCGAGGCAUCCUGUGGCAAGGGACGCUGCGUACCAGCGGUCCCCGCCGCGUCUCACCUGCCUCCCGUGAUGCAUGUUGUCGCUCUCCCACCCUGGAUCUCCGUCUCUCUUCCCUACCUGCUGACCGUAAGAGAUCACAUGUCAGUGUAGUGUGAAUGCCUUGUCGCUGUCCUAUAUGCUUUUGCACCACUGAGUUGACUGCCUCCGAGAAGCAGCACUAGGCCUGCUGAAAUGCAGUGCGCUGCCCUGAGAUCCAGUUUCAAGAACGGGCAGCUAAACACAGUGUGGGAAAGGGAUGUGCAAUGAGAACUUGGUGGUCCGCCGCUGUACUGUUUGCGUAAACUUUUAUGUAUGUGGUAAGCUACAUGUAUGUAAAUGUCGCCCUGCCCCUAACGGUCGAGUAGCAUUCUCCCUUGCAGGAAUUUCUGAUGGGGUUCCUCAUCACCAAUACCAAAUAAAUAUAUGUAGGAAUGGAAAAU